AUGGAGAGCACGCUAUCACGCGCAUCCAAGCGCGUUGAGCAGGCGUCUCGCGCAUUCAACGAAGCAACUCACCGCUGUGCGUCGAUGGUCAAGACAGCAUGGAGCGAUGCAUCAACGGGCGGACAUCAUAAGCAGUCCGCGUCUGUCUUGAUCCUCCUCCUGCUCCUGGUCGGUAGUGCAACAGCAUACGUUGUUCGCAGACGAAAGCUUAACCACCACGCUGCACGUCCACCAACGCCCACGACACCAGGCCUCGAGAAAGCUCUGAAAUCCCAGGCGCGCGAGCCUGGCAAGUGGACGCCAUCCGACUUCCAGAUGCCCAAGCCGGAGCCCUACCCAGACUGGUCCAUCGAGAACACCAAGCCGCUUCCCUACCGGCCAUUUCGGUACGGUCCCAAGUACAACGUCACGAUGGGUCUCCGAUCCGUCAAGCACGCCGACUGGAUCGAGCUCGACAACCACUACCCGCGCUUCCACGCGGACAAAGCGCGGCGGAUCGAGGAGCGCGGACCCAAGUGCUGUGCGACGGCACCCGAAGCCUACCCCGCCGCCGUCGAGCUGCUGGAAGAGCUCACAGACUACCUGCCGGCGCGCUACCCCUCGCUGUACAAACGAACGGACGUGGGACUGGACAACCUCUGGUCGGGCGAGAGCUUCGACAUCGUCAGCCGGCCGCUGCCUGAGGACCCGAUGCAGAUGUGCGCGCGCCUAGUGCAAGACGACCUCGCCAUCAUGAUCGAGAAGCCCGACGGGCAGUACUACCUCCUAGCGGGCGCGGUGUUGCUGGCGGGCUUCUGGCGCUUGCAGGACAAGUACGGGAUGCCAUUAUCAGAAAUCCACACGUCCGGCGACGUGCCGCAAUACAAGGAGAAGCUGGAGCGGGGCAUGCUGAACUUCUUCCGCCGCCUCAAGCCGGAGGAGAUGGUGGCGCGGAACAACUACUUCAUGCAGGUCGACGACGACCUCGCGUGGUCGUGGAGCAUCGGGCCCGAGGACGCCGAGGGGGAAAUCGCGGGCUGGAACACAGCCGAGAAGAACCGCGCCGUCGACCACCACUACUUCCGCUCCGAGAGGCAGACGCUGCGGCGCCUGCCGAAGAGUGGCGGGGUCGUGUUUACGAUUCGCACGUACUUCCACCCUGUCAAGGAUGUUGCUGAGGAGGACUACGUGCCGGGCAGGCUGGCGAGCGCGGUGAGGAGCUGGGGCGACGAUGUGAGUCGGUACAAGGGGAAGGAGCGGUAUGGGGAUGUCUUGUUGGAGUUUCUGGAUAAGAAGCACGAGGAGCAGGUGGCGCGGGGAUUGGAUCUCAGUCGCGAAGACGAGGUCCGGGCCUACCCAUAUUGA